UUCAGACACACAUCGUUGCAUUCUGUUUUGCAGUUACCUUAAUACAAUCGAGAUGUUAUUAAGUGCAAAAACUUGAAGUCCUUUUAAACUGUAUAAAGGCUUAUGCCAAAAGCUUAAACGUCUUGUAGAGGCUUUGCGAUGGUGAAAUUUUUCGGACGAAAAACCAAGGCGAAGGUUGCAAGUUUUGCAGUCUUUAUUCUUAUGUUUGUGUCAGCUUCUCUCUGGCUGUCGGAUAAUAACUUGCCAGGACACAAUGAAAGGAACGUUGGACCACACUCACUACAUAGGCGACGAGGUGCUAACGUUGGUAAUCAACCCAUGAAAAGACAAAAACGGAACAUUCGAGCCGAAGGAAUGGAGAGAGUGUUUUACAACAGAGUACCUAAAUGUGCUAGCACAACGUUUAUGGAAAUAAUCACGAAGCUAUCCAAGAAACUGAACUUUAACUACAAAUCCUCCAAUAAUUUCACACACGCAUCACUGCGGACGAAAGAACAGGUUGACUUUGUAAAAAAGUUUGAGGGUAUCGCUUCUCCUAUGGUGUAUGAUAGACACCUUUGGUUCAUUAACUUCACGAUGUACGGGGAACCGAUGCCAUAUUACAUCAAUAUAUUACGAGAUCCCUUGGAACGCUAUGCGUCACACUACUAUUACCAAAGACAGAUCAACCCUCUUAAAGUUGGAGUGUUUACAAAAUAUCAGAAAAAUGAAUCGCUAGAACAUUGUUUAGAAACAAAUACAAAUGCUACCUACAAAUGUGACUUCUUCCGUGGCACUUAUGUGAAGUAUUUCUGUGGACAGUUACCAUUAUGCAAGACUGUAUCACAAGCUGCAAUAUCGAGAGCGAAGCGCAACAUCAUGAAAUAUUACACUCUUGUAGGAUUAACGGACCAGUUUGAACUGACACUCGCAGCCCUUGAAAAACUUAUUCCAAAAUUCUUCAAUGGUGCUUUAGAUAUUUAUAAAAAAACUACAAACCAAAAUGUCAACCCCAAAAAGAGGAAAAUUUCACAAAAAGCUACAAGGCUUUUUCUAAGAAGCAAUCAAAACAACCACAUCUGAACUCACUGGACAAGAGAAAUUGUGAUGUCAAACUCUUUUAGUUGUGAUCUGAUUCUUAAAAAAUUAGAGCAUCCUACGUUGCACGACAAAACAAUGUGAUGAGAGGCAGAAUAAAACUGCAACUAGAUAUGGUUAAAAUUGUCCACUGAUUAGCGGACAAACUACAAAAAAUAUUUAUUACUUUCGUUAGAAAUGAAAAACUAGAUUUUCGCGAUAGUAAACGCACUUUUUGUCCAUCUUGAAUAUUUUUUUGCGUAGAACUAUUUAACAACAUCCAUCUUUCCACCAAAUAUUAAGAA